AUGGCUACUCGUCUCUUCAGUCUCCCUCUAUCCUCGCCAUCCAAGCUCUGUUUCAAUUACAGGCCCAAUCAUGAUGUCCAGUUCAUUUCUCCCACGAAAUCACGUCGGAACCGCUACCGCCACCGCAACCGCUAUGAGAUUCUCCCUCCACUAUUCGCGGUAUCGAGCUCCUUCCGGACCGAGAUUGGCUCGCCGGAAUCAGCUCUUCUCCGAGGCCAGAGAGAGACGAAGGACUCGCCGGUUCUGCUCGACGUCACCGGCAUGAUGUGCGGCGCCUGCGUCUCCCGGGUUAAAAACAUCCUAUCCGCCGACGAACGAGUCGACUCUGUCGUGGUUAACAUGUUGACCGAGACCGCCGCUGUUAAGCUGCGCCGCAUCGAGGAGGAACCGGAGAGCGUCGUGGAGAGCCUCGCUAGGAGACUGAGUGACUGCGGAUUUCCGACGAAGCGUAGAGCGUCGAGUUCGGGAGUGACGGAAAACGUGAGGAAGUGGAAGGAAUUGGUGAAGAAGAAGGAGGAAUUGGUCGCUAAGAGUCGAAGCCGCGUCGCGUUCGCUUGGACAUUGGUCGCAUUGUGCUGUGGAUCGCACGCUUCGCAUAUCUUUCACUCCUUGGGAAUCCACAUUGCUCAUGGUAGUACUCGAAUGGAACAUUCAAAGCUUGUUAUUCGCUAUUCAGUUGCAAAUUCCUUAAAUGCAGAUAAACCGAACGGGAACCGCAAUGUGUAA